AUGGAUGCACUCUUCGCCUCCAGCUCCGCCUCCAUCGGCGACAACAAUAACAAUAACAACAACAUGGCCAACAAGAAGAACAACUCCACCACCACCACCACCACCUUCACGACAACAAGCUACCACCACGACAAAGCCCACGCCCGCCUCUGCGACCAAAUCGCCUCGGACAAGUUCUCCACCACCGGCCUCGCCCUCUACACCUCCCUCCACCACAUCCUCCACCAAGCAACAACAACAACAACAACGACGACGACAAACGCCACCACCACCACCACCACCCUGCCUUCCACAUCCCCCUUCCCCUCCAGCAGCUCGGCGCCACCACCGCUCCUGCAGCUCACGAUCAGGACGCUCGUCCGCUGCGGCGUCCCCCGCGCCCGCGCCCAGCGCCUGGAAUGGCACGCGUCCGGGCGGCGCGACGCGGCGCGGCGGGUGCGCGAGAGGGUCGCCGACGCGGCGAGGUGGCACGGCGGGUGGGACGCGUCGGUGGAAGAGGCGGAGAGGACGGCGUGGCGGGUCGCUGCUGGCGCUGCUACCGGCGCUGCUUCUGCUGGAUCGAAGAGGGGCGGCGGGCCGGGUGAUGAUGAUGGUGGUGAGGAGGAGGAGGAGGAGGAGGAGGAGGAGGAGGAGUUGGCGCUGGGUGCGCGUUUGGGGAGGGGCGUGUGGGAUUUGUACGGGGAGUACUGCUGGUUGGUGGGGUGUUUGGCGAGGGGCCGGUAUGGGGAUUGCAGUGUGGGCUGGGGUUGCUUGGUGGAGGAUGUGAGGAAGGUUUGCCGGCUGGUUGAGAUGGCGAUGAUGUUGAAGAAGGGGACGAAGGGCUUUUUUGUGGAGCAGUGA